AUGAUACAACUAAAGGCGACGGAAGACUUAGUUACAUUGUAUUUGACGCCUGAGGACGAUUUCACACAGUCACCCCCGUGGAGCAGAUACGUAUGUCCACACAAGCCUAAGAAGAGAUCUAGGAAGAGAUCUAUUGAUCCUGUGAAGCCAUACACGGUCUGUUUCCCGCCCAAAAGAAGAAGCCAUUCCUUUGUUCCAGACACGCCUUACCCAGACACUGUAUCGGGUGUUCCUAACACCACUGCAGAGCAGCUAACGGCAAGCAAAGACUUGGAGUCCUUGCAUCGGUCGUCGUCUAGUACACCAACGCCCUACCAGCCACCAAGUGUCUCCAUUGAGAGGGAACAAAAGGAUUCCCCUUUACAAAAGGCACCUGAAGAGUCCUUGCAUUGGUCGUCGUCUAGUACACCAACGCCCUACCAGCCACCAAGUGUCACCAUUGAGAGGGAACAAAAGACAUCUGAUGAGACAAUCCAUGCCAUAGAAGUAGGCGAAGUAUCCGAAGACACCGGACUAACAGCGACAGCCCCUACAUCACGCCAAACAAAUCGUGAAGCUACAGGCGAAGGGUCUGAAGACACAGAGCUAACAGCACCCGUCCCUACAUCACGUCAGACAAAUCGGGGAGCUACGGGAGAAGAGUCUGAAGACACUGGACUAACAGCAACACAGCUUACACCCCACCAACCGUGUCAGGCUGCUUUGCAGGAGGCCCCUGAAUAUAAUGUAGGUGAAUACCUCUUUAACUGUAUCUAUAGCACCGAGGAAGGCACCGAUUAUGUCAGCUGUAUACCACACACCUCUGUUAUAACUGUGGCAGAUAAAAAGUGUAACAGCGCUAAUACCGCCAUAACCACUCCUGUAAAUGUAUUAGAGGUUAACGUUCCAUUCCUUGAUAAGCAAGCAGUACCUAAUUAUAUUACUAACAAUCGGUUUGAACAAGGUGGGGCACUAGGAGGUCCUGAGCAGUUAACAUUACUUCAGAGUGCAGAGUUUUUUGAGUAUUGCGUUAACACAUCCCUCAACAACCUGCAGUCGCUGACCCUUAUAAACAAAUACAAUCAGAAUUAG